AUGAUCAAGUUCCUAGAUUAUUAUGCUUAUGGUAUUGUUAAUAUUGAUGAUUGUUUGGAUGCUAAUGAUUUGGUUGGUAUUAUGAAUGAUACUUUAUCUAAAAAUGAACAAAUGAAAAUUUCGAACAAAAUUGAGAAUUCGACACAAAGUACUCAACAAAAUUUUGCUGAUAUCGAAGAUGAUUUUGAUAAUAUCAGUGAAAUUGAGAAAGAGGAAUGUGUUGAUUUCUCAAAAUUGUCUGUCAUUAAAAUCACUUCGUUAGCUAAAAGCAAAGAAAAUGAUGAUUCAAAAUCGAAGCAAAACAAUGAUUCAUCAUCAACAACCAAAACUGAUGAUUCUCAAGAGUCUGUUAUUGUCGAAGACAUAACGAACAAUGGAAGUGACAAUGAUGAUGAUUCAUGUGAAAAAGAAAUUCCACAAGUUGUUGAAGCUCAAUUUUAUAUACAAAAAGGAAAUGGGGAUAAAGUUGACCCAAAUGUGAAUGAAUUGCUGAAAGAAGAUAAUUCAAAAGUAACUGAUAAAGGAAAAGGAAAGAAAUUUCAACUGAAAGAGUACUACCAAGAACAAGUCAAACAGGCUUUUGAGAAUUACUUGAAUGAAUCGAUGAGUGGAAGUACUACAUCCCAAGAAUCAUUCUCAAAGACUUUAAAAUGGCAAGAAAUUAAAACAAACAAGAAAGUUUCUUUUUCUAAAAGAAAGGUUGAAAAAGAAAACAUCGAAGUUGAGGCUUCAACAUUGAAUGAUUAUAUUUAUAUACCAAAAUCUGGUGAAGUUAUAUGUAACGAGCAAUGUGACAAAACCUGGUACAUUGAUAGUGGAUGCUCGCGUCACAUGACUGUUCAGAAAGAGAACCUUAGAGAUUUUAGGAAGUUAGAGAAUGUUGGACUUGUGAAGUUUGGAAAUAACCAAAAGUGCAAAGUGAAAGGAUAUAGGAAAGUGACGAACAGGAAGUUCAUAAUGAAUAGAGUUACUUAUAUUGAAGGUUUGAAAUACAACCUUAUAAGUGUAUCUCAACUUGUUGUUGGUACUGGGAAUGAAGUUCUCUUUGAUAAAGAAGAAAGUAUGAUUUCGAACAAAGAAACGAAGGAAGUCGUGUUAAAGUCGAAGAGGAAGGGUGAUAUGUUCAUUCUGGACAUAAAACCUAUAGUUUCCAUACCCUCUAUUUGCUUACUAUUGAAGGCUUCUUCUGACCUCAGUUGGCUUUGGCACCGAAGGCUUUCUCAUCUUAAUUUCAAAAUUUUGAAUAAACUUGUUUUAAAUGAUCUUCUUCGAGGUUUACCUAUUCUAAAACUUGAUAAUGAUUCUUUGUAUGCAGCUUGUGAACAAGGCAAACAACAUUGA